GUUUUCUCGCCUGCGAGUCCGGCGACCUUUUUGGGGUUACCAGGAUGUACGCCAGUCGACCUGCCGAUCAUAUUGGCUCAGUUCGAUCGAAAGUCCCUAAGGACAAUACGAAAACUGAUCGAGGAUAGGCAAAUCAGCCUUCCAGAAUUCCUUCGCAUUAUUAAGGGUAGGUUAAUAAAGGUGCUUUUCUUACCGCUUUUUAUGCCUCUCCUAAGGGAGAAAGGCAUAACUACAAGCGGGGUAAGCGAGCACCAAAAGCCUACCUCUAAUAUUAUCGUAGUCAAAGCUGGGGCGUACGAUUCCAAGCGCAUUGUGGACUUCCUAGCCGGACUAGUGGACGUUUUUAACGACAUCGUGGCGCGAAAUGCGACAACGAUUCAUUGGCGAGACUUCGCGGAAUUGGUGGUUUCCACAUCCACUAGCAGCAUCGACACUGGGGACUUGGGAGCGAUUCUAAGUGAUGGCCUAGCGAAAGUAUGUCGAAAAAGUUCGCAGGGGGAAGAUCAAGCGCAAAUUCAACCACAGGUGCGGUAGAUGUAGG